AUGGCCGACUUGACAGUUGCUACAUUAUGUCAAGUUCUCGCGAAUAUAACUAGAAAUCGUUGUACGUUCGUGGAAACUUCCAAUACCUGCCGAUGCAUUGAUAGUCUAAUGUCUCCAAGACCAGCAAAUACUGUUAGUUCAGCACCGAAUAUAAUGUUAAGCGAAGUCUUUCUAAUCUUUUUUGUUUUGGCAUUAUGGCUUUCAGCAAUUGGUUUUUGUCUCAAUCAAUAUAAAUCACUUCGUCGUCUCGAAACUCAAGUACAUUACUGCGGAAACCGAAAGGAUCCAUUAAACAUUGGUGAUAUUAAAAUCGUUGAACGCGAACAAGAUUCGAUCAUAUACAAGAAAAAACGUUAUUCAACUGUUCUCGAUACACAUAUUAAUUCUGAAGAUUUGCGAUCUAUGCACUACGUCAAAGAAUAUCUGCCGAAAUCUGUUCUCACACCGAAAAUACCCUCGUCGGCAGUCACCGCUCUUGUUUUCAGUCGGGAGGAGCUGACUGCGAAUGUUCCUUUAGCAACGACAGCAGCAAAUAACUUUCUACCAGCAUUAUCCAUGUCGACACUGACGUCAUAUACUCCGCUGAGUACUCAUGAUGAAUUAGCUGAAGAACAGCAAUCACCAAGUGAUCCAGUGGCUCCAUGCGCAUCUCUCGUCACAUGCGAAGCGAAUACUAAUAAGCAUAAUGAACGAAUGUCAUUCGCUCGUAUUACAGACAAAGGUCGUGUGGCGACGGGUUUAACCGUUCCACGUAUUCCUACGCCGAGUAGUUUGCAUUCAUGCUGGAAUAGCUCGUACACGUGCGAUACAAGUCGUUCUGCCCAACUUUUAUCAGUUCCAUCAAGCAGUCUUCGAAUCAAUCGUUACUCCGAUGGAAACAUAUCAUUUUCCAUUCCUGAAACUUCGCCAAAAACCUCCGAGAAUACCAACGAACAAUUACUUGACCCUCGUCUUAUAUCGAAGACUGUUCGUCGAAGUUUGCUGGCUUUACACCGCGAAAGUCAAGAAAAUAUCAAUUUCCAACGUAAUAAAGAAAAGACUCAAUCCGAAAACGACGUUCAUGGCGCAUUUACAUCGUGGAAAAUCAAAAUGAAAUCGAAAUUAAAACGUACACAUCAUCGUCACACGCAGCCAUCAACUCCUCACACCCAUUCAAGUGCAUUGUCAGUCGUACCACCAUCAGACAAUAGUAACGAACGUGAACGUCGUGUGUUAGAAUACAAAACGACAAAACAAGAAUUAAGAUUCUCUACGCCUCCAUUACGUUAUUAUUCGUUCUCGAGAAAUCCAUCUGCUCGACGAAGUUUAAAACAUUACCCGAAAUACUCAACACAGAGUACAACAGAAAGUGAAACGACGCAAUUUGAUUCACCGCAUACGACAAGUAUUUAUAUUCCUACAAAUGAUAAUAAAUUCAAGAAGACAAUAGAUGAAAUCGAUAGCGAAUCUGCAAUUACACCUGUAUGA